AAGAAAGAUUCUCAGUUCUUCUCACCAUUGAUUUGUUAGUUAAGCAAGCAGAUAAGAGCAAGAGAGAAAAUAGAGAAAAUUUGAGAGGUUUUUCUUUUUCGAUCAUCCAUAGAUGAUUAUGGAAUCAUCAUCAUCCAAAUCACUGCGAUUCAUCUCGCAUCAAUCGUUCUUCUCAUCAGUCCGAUCAGGCGACCUUGAAUCACUGAAACUGAUCGUAAACGAUGACGAUUCCGACUCAGCUUCCUCUUCUACUCUAAUGGCGAUGCAGAAUGACGCCGGCGAGACGGCGUUGUACAUCGCCGCCGAGAACAACUUCCAGGAAGUGUUUAAUUACUUACUCAAGUUCUGUGAUCUUGAAACAGUGAAGAUUAGGUCUAAAUCAGAUUUCAACGCGUUUCACAUCGCAGCCAAACUAGGUCAUUUAGGAAUCGUGAACGAACUUCUGCGGUUAUGGCCGGAGCUCUGUAAAGUAUGCGAUACGAGAAACACAAGCCCUCUGUAUUCCGCCGCCGUGAAUGACCAUCUCGACGUCGUGAACGCCAUGUUAGAUGCCGACGCCACCUGCAUCAGAAUAGUUCGGAAAAACGGAAAAACCGCAUUACACACAGUAGCUCGAUAUGGCAAAACAAACAUGGUAAAAACAUUAAUCGAAAGAGAUCGAGAUAUCGUUUCUAUCAAAGACAAAAAAGGUCAAACUGCACUUCACAUGGCGGUCAAAGGCCAGGACACCACCGUGGUGGAAGAUCUACUCCUCGCUGAUCACUCCAUUCUCAACGAACGUGACAAGAUGGGUAAUACCGCCAUCCAUAUAGCCACUAGAAAAUGCCGAUCUCAGAUCGUGAGCUUACUGCUGAGCUUCACAACAAUCAGUGUAAAUGUGAUCAAUAAUCAACGAGAAACCGCGAUGGAUAUAGCGGAUAAACUAAACUACGGGCCUCCAAAGUUAGAAAUCAUGGAAGCAUUAAGCGAAGCAGGAGCGAAACACGCUCGACACAUAGGCCGGAUCGACGAAGCAAUGGAACUCAAACGAACAGUAAGCGACAUCAAACACGAAGUCCAUUCCCAGCUCUUACAAAACGAACAAACACAAAGGCGCGUAUCUGGUAUCGCAAAAGAGUUGAAGAAAAUCCACCGUGAAGCAGUUCAAAACACGAUUAAUUCGUUAACGGUUGUCGCGGUCCUCUUCGCAUCGAUUGCUUUCUUAGCGAUUUUUAGUUUACCGGGACAGUAUUGGAAGACGGGUGAGAAAGCAGGGGAAGCGAAUAUCGCACACACAACUGCUUUCCGGGCGUUUUGUUUGUUUAACGCGACUUCGUUGUUUAUAUCGUUGGCGGUUGUGGUGGUUCAGAUAACGUUGGUGGCGUGGGAUACGCGGGCCCAGAGACAGAUAGUUUCGGUUGUGAAUAAGUUGAUGUGGGCCGCGGGGAUUAGUACGUGUGGGGCGUUUUGUUCUAUUGCGUUUGUGGUGGUUGGGAAAAGGAGUGCGUGGAUGGCGAUUACGAUUACGGUUGUUGGUGUUCCGAUUCUUGUUGGGACGCUUGUUAGUUUGUGUUAUUUUGUUUUUAGGCAACAUUUUGGGUUUUUUGGGAGUGAUUCACAGAGGAGGAUUAGGAGGGCGAGUGGGAGUAAGUCGUUUUCGUGGAGUGUGUAUUCCGCGAAUAUUUCGGAUGAUGAAUCGGAUCAUGAGAAGAUUUAUGCUCUGUGAAAGAUGAGGUUGCCACUUGCCACUUGACGCUUGCCAUUGAGCCUUGAAAAAGAGAAGAAACAUACCGGUGUUUCUGUUUCUUAUGUUACGAGUUUUACUAAGAUUAGAGUAUGGUAUGUACAUAAUAUGGCUGUAUAGGAAGUUGGCCAUUGUUUAAAUCACUGUUUUACUCUUUCACACCCACCGUUUUAAGGGUUAAUGUUGCUUAAUAGAAACCGGGAUCAUAAAAUGCUUAGUAAAUUACAA